ACUCUCGCGUCGUCUACGUUACUGAGCCCUGGGCCAGACUGCCCAGGUCUUGUUUUGUUUUGGUGUAGUGGGUGCAACUUGUUGAAUAUGAAGUUUAAAUUUGACUUUUAUUUUAUUUGGAAUGUAUUGGUUGUGUUUUUCCUUAUAAUAGUUUUUGUUGUAAUAUUUUUAUAUUUAUAAAAUAUUGCCGUGUUACCUCAUUCAUUGUGACAGUAUCAAAAACUUAACCUAAAAUGGUAUAGGUUAUAAAAUAAACGACACAAGAAUGGCAUUUUACAGAAAAGCUGUUUGGUUUUACAGAGGCUGGAAAGAAUACACACAAGAAGGAUACAUAGAAGCUGAAAAGAGCUUCAAUCCUACUGAUUUGGAUGUCAAUUUGAAAGGAAAAUCAUACAUAAUAACAGGUGCUACAAGUGGUAUUGGGAAGUGUUUGACAGAAGAAAUAGCAAAACGUGGUGGAACUGUUCACAUGGUCUGCAGGAAUAUGCAAGAAGCUGAAGUUAUCCGUUACAGCUUGAUUGAUCAGACAAAAAAUAAUGAAAUUCAUCUCCAUGUCCUGGACUUGUCACAUCCUCGUAGCGUUUAUCAGUUCACACAAGAAUUCAGAGAGCAGUUCAGUUGCCUUGAUGCCAUCAUUCACAAUGCAGGGUGUAUGGUGUACACUUGCCAUGUAGAUCCUGACGGUAUCGAGAAGAACUUUGCUAUAAACGUCUUGUCACCUCACAUAAUUACACGCCAACUUGUACCUCUGUUACACAAAAGUGAGAGAGGCAGAGUUGUGUUCGUAUCAUCAGGCUGCAUGCUGGUACAGAAACUGGAUCCGACAGACAUACAAUGUCAGAGUCUCAAGCAAUUUGAUGGGAUGCAUGUGUACGCUAAUAACAAACGGCAACAGGUAGUUCUGGCGGAGAUGUACUCAAGAGAGUAUCCUCAGCUCUUCUGUGCUGCCAUGCACCCUGGGUGGACUGACACUAAGGGGGUGCAGACUACCAUGCCCGAGUUCUACGCUAGGAUGCAGGACAGGCUACGCACACCACGGCAAGGGGCAGACACAGCCCUCUGGCUCGCCAUCUCUCCCGCACCUCUGAAAAACACAAGUGGCCUCUUCUAUCAAGAUCGUGUAGCAAUCCCAACCCACAUGCCUUUGUCCUUCACCAAACCUACACUGCAAGAAGAAGAUUCUUUUAUCAAACAAGUGGACCACUUGAUGGAAAGAAUGACUCGCUGACGACAGUUGAAACAGUCAGCCUCUAACCCCGGCUGUGGAUAGAGUUCCUGGUGGAUAGAUGAUUUAUCUUGACUUAUAGUACAAGUUGAGAUCAUUGUUUCUCCAGAGAACAGUGAGAAGUACUAUAAAUCUUGUUGGAUAUCUCCUCGACAAAAGAGCCUUGUGCUCUUUAUUAAAAUGAUGCACCUAGUGAAAUCAUGAAACAUUUGAUAAGGAAGACAAAAGAUUCUGACAGUAGCCUAAUGGCCUGAAUUUAGCUAAACGUCUGUAUGGUUCAAAGUGAUUGCAGUUCAAGGUUAACAUUUAAUAGGACAGCUUCAUAUUUUUAGCUGGAAAAUGUAAUACAAUACUUAAGAAAUGACACCCAAAUAAGUAUAAGAAAUUAAGUACAAAAAAUUGUCAGAUAUAAAAUUUAUGUUUGGAUUUAUAUUCUUUUUUGUUAGUGACAUAAAAUCUUGGUUAACUAUAAUUAGGAUUUUUGGAGGUAGUGUUGAUUUUGUUUGGAAAUUAGAUCUAGACCAUAUAACAUUCUCGCAAAAUAGUAAACCUAUAUUUGAAUGUCACUUAUUAACCUUAUUUGUCUAGAAUUUUUGGCACAUCUUGGGUUAAUAAAUGUCAAUUGGUAUUUUUAAUUGACAACUUUUAGACUCAAUCAUUUGUUUACUUGUAAUAUUUCUUGUUCAAACUUUGCAAAUAAAUUGUGUGAAACAACAAUAAAUUAGUAAUUGAAUUCUGAUGUAGGUAACAAAUAAUUGCGGUUUUCAACAAUCACCAUGUUAAAUUUAAACUAAUUGAAACUUUUUAUAGAUGUAUAAGAAAGCAAUCCAUAUAUUUGUUGGUUAAUGUAAUAUUUGUUGAUUAAUGUAAUAUUUGUUGAUUAAUGUAAUAAUAUAUAAAUGUCACCUAAAGUGAGUGUCUAAACCGUUAUUGUCUUAAACUAAACAUGUAUAUAAUCAAACCAUUAAUGCAAAUUCAAUAAAUGUUACCUAUAACUUACUUCUUUUAUUAGAAAAAUUUAUUACUGUUACUAAAUGUUGAACUAAGAAAAGAAUUCCGUUCCUACAGUUGCAUAUUAAUGUAAAUGUCUACUGUAUGUACGUUGUUAAAGUAUUUCAUGUACGUCCCCAUUAAAGACAAACAAUUUGAAUUCAAAGCUGUUACAGUGUGUCAGUACAUAAAUAAACUUUAUGAAUGCCUAAGUAGUUAUAGCACAUAUCUUAAAAACUGAAUAUAGCUUAGCUGUUUCAAUCUCAGAUAUGAACAGUAGAGUUAUGUCCAAUAAAUAUGGGAACUAAACCAAUAUGGCAGUAGUCACGCAAUUGUAUACAUGUUUAUAAGUUUACAUAUACAUUUCCAGCUCUUGCGGCUCAACAUCAAGUUUUUGGUUGGAUUCA